CGGCAGCUCCGCCCCUCCCCGCCCUGCGCCCGAGCACAGGGACUGACCCUCGGCAGCUCCGGUAGUCACAUGGUGCUGGGCUCUGCCAGGGAAGGAGGGAGGCACUGAGGGUCGGAACGGGGACUGGGGGAGGAAGGAGCGCUCCAGGGAGGCCGGGAGGUGGCAGGGAGGGGAUGGGCUUGGCGGGGGUGAGGCUGGGCCUGCUGCUGGGCGGGGAAGCGGCGCCGGUUUCCCCGUACAUGGAUGGGAGGCGUGCAUACAAGCAUACGGACCGGGAGGCAUCCCUUCAUUCUGGAAAGGAUCGGAGAUACCUCUCUCCAGGGAGAAGUAGGUUUAUUCGGAAACGAGGCUGGAAAGAGAAUCGCCUGUUCCUGCGUUCCCAGGGGUCUCCAGGGGAGGAGCCAUGUGGCAGUGGAGGGCAGCUUUCUGCUGGUGGGAGCAGAGUCCUUCGAAACACCACAGCAGGGCAAGGACCUCUGCUGGAGCGUCGCUGCAGGAGACCCCUGGCUAUGGGCCCAUCCCGGGCUCGGCUCUUCCCUGGAUCUUUUCAGGAGUCACUCCAAAGGUCGGGGAAGGAUAUUCGUAGGAUUAAAUUAGAAGGGGCUGUGGCAGGUAGUCCCGGGGGCCUUUUCCAGGGUGGUGCCUACCGCUGUGCUCGAUGUGGGAGGCACUUCCCUGUAUGGGCAGCCUUGCGGCAUCAUACUCGUCGCCGCCAUGGCCGCCCUCCUCUGCCCUGCCCUGAGUGUGGGCGCCGAUUUCACCAUGCUCCUUUCUUGGCCUUACAUCAACUGGCCCAUUCAGCUGCCACAGCUGUAUCUCCUGACACAAGCUUCUUUUGCCAAGUCUGUGGGCAGAGUUUCAAGAGUUGGGCAGCCCUUGCAAUGCAUGGCCAGGCUCAUGCCUCAUCUGCCCGAGCAGUUGCUUGCCCCAAGUGUGAGAAGCGCUUCAGCCGAGCCUCCCAGCUGCGGGCACAUCUCAGAAAGAAUCACCCACCUGCCCCACCACCUCGACGUUUCAUCUGCAGUGGCUGUGGCCAGAGUUUUGCACAGUGGGCUGAGCUGGUUGCCCACAAGCAGAUCCAUGUGGCUGAAGCACAGGCAUCAGAAAAAGCUCUUGCACCUCGGCCCCGGGGCCGCCCAGCACUUACAGCUGCCCAGCCGGGUGGUGAUGCUGCUGACCGACCCUUCCAGUGUGCAUGGUGUGGCAAAUGUUUCCGUCACAAGCCCAACCUGAUUGCUCACCGCCGAGUGCAUACAGGUGAGCGACCCCACCAGUGUCCUGAGUGUGGGAAACGUUUCACUAAUAAGCCCUACCUGACCUCUCACCGGCGUAUCCAUACUGGUGAGAAGCCUUAUCCAUGCACUGAAUGUGGGCGUCGUUUCCGUCACAAACCCAAUCUUUUAUCUCAUGGCAAGAUUCACCGGCGCCCUCAGGGUUCUAUGGAGGCCACCAGUAGCCAUGGGAGUUUCCAGCUUCCAUCUCAGCUGUUGGAGGCUCAGCAAGACCAAGCCACAGACUUCCAACAGGACCAGGCCAUAGAUCCUCAGCAGGACCAGGCCAUGAACCUUCAGCAAGACCAAGCCCUGGACUCCCAGCAGGAUCAGGCCAUGAACCCUCAGCAAGAUCAGGCCCUGGACUCAGAGCAAGACCAUAUCUUGGAUCCCCAACAGGACCAGGGAAUGAACCUUCUGCAAGACCGAGAAAUGGAUCCUGCUGCACCCUAUGGCUAUGAUGAGUGUGGCCGAACUUUCCGGCACCGACGGUCUCUUCGAGCUCAGCAGCAACUACAUCCUGGGGAACGUCCUUUCAUCUGCAGUGAAUGUGGAAAGAACUUCAGUAAGAAGACCCAUUUGGUGGCCCACAUCCGUAUCCACUCAGGUGAGCGGCCCUAUGCCUGCAUGGAAUGUGGACGCCGCUUCUCACAAGGAAGCCACUUGGCAGCCCACCGUCGUGACCAUGCCCCAGAGCGACCCUUCAUUUGCCCUGACUGUGGCAAGUCCUUUAGACACAAGCCCUACCUGGCUGCCCACCGCCGUAUCCACACAGGCGAGAGGCCCUAUGCCUGUCCUGAUUGUGGCAAGGCCUUCAGUCAGAAAUCCAACCUUGUGUCUCACCGGCGCAUCCACACAGGUGAACGACCUUAUGCUUGCCCUGAUUGUGACAGGCGGUUCAGUCAGAAAUCCAACCUCAUCACACACCGCAGGAGCCAUAGUCGAGAGGGGCCAUUCAUUUGUGCCACCUGUGGUGAAAGUUUCAGUCAUGAGCAAAAGCUCCUGACCCAUCAGAAAAAGCAUGUGGCCUGAGCUUAUGGGAGUGGAAGAGCAGAGAGGGGAGACACACUCUAGAGGUAGGCAAAGAUAAGGGACAGAGGUUUCACGAUGGAGAAGGGAUCCAGCAUAUUAGUGAUGAUGAUGGAGUAAGAGAUAGAAAAAGCUCACAGGGAACUGCUUUUUACUAAUUUUACAAAAGAAUUUGGAAUUAUGCAAGACAAGUUAUUAAAUUAUUCCUACCCUUUGAAAAAAAAAAAGAAAAAGCUCACAGGAAGGUGGUCAGGACCUUGGAAAGAGGACUGUGUCCUUGUCUUAACAGGCCUGUUAGAAGUUUCCAGGAGGAUAUACCUCAAACUUUUCUCACCUCACUGGAAGUUCUGCUUCUCUUCUUGCCUCCCGGAAAAGAAAUAUUUGAAAAGAAGCUACAUAAACAUCUGGAGAGAAAGAGGAAAACAUCUGGCUACAUAUGCAAAGACCUCUAACAUGUUAGCAUCUGAAUUUAUUCAAGCAUUUCCAAGGAAGGAAAUGCCCUAAUAGUUUCAGUUCUUGGCAGCACUUGAUUUCUUCCAUCCCUUCACCUUCAUUCUCCUCACUCCACCCCCUCCAUCCCAACCCUCAAACUACUACUUUCCUUUACAAGUAUGUAGCCUUCUGUCUACCCACGACCAUUUUUUUAGGUUUGUAUUGUCUCAACAUGGAGAGCUUUUUCUAUGAUCCCUCUCUAUUUUCAUUUCCCAUAUUGAGACUGUCUCAAUCCCUGAAGUAGAUAGCCCUUUUCCUUUAGUUCUUCUAGCUCUCACUACUGUACUGGAGAAGAGGAGAGGCACUGGCUUUCUGAUAAUUAAUCAGAGUCAAGUGGAAAGACCCUGGGGAAUAGUCCAGGUAAGGAAUAGGCAUGGGAGUGAUCUUAAGAGUCUCAGUGGAACAGACCUUAGAGUUCAUCUAGUUCUCACUUAAUGCAGGAAUCUCUUGCCUCAUCUCUUAACAAACCAGACUCUGCUUGGAUACUUUCAGUGAUGGGGAUUGUGAAACCUUUGUAACUUCAAAGUUACAACUUGUUAGUUUUGUUAAUGAAAAUCUAGUUGUUAGAAAUUUCUUUCUUACAUUUUGUGAAAGUAUGCUUUCUGGUCCACUCUACCCAUUGGUUCUAGUUCUCUAUUUUGGAGCCAAGCCAUAUGUAGUAGGCCUAUUUCCCUCAAAUUCCAAUAAAUAAACUGAUUUCCACCUAUGGCUGAAAUGUGUUCUCUCCCUAUGCUGAGUUUCAAAGGCGAUAGGGCUAAGAUGGCUGUUUUCCAUGGGAAAUAUGGGCAGAGGUAGAAACCCAGACAAUAAAAUAAGCAUCAGUGGGUCUCAUAGUGAGGGUGAAGGAGAAUGGACUAUUAAGUCAAGUCCCCAAUUGAAUGAUUUCUUGAGUGCCUGAGAUUUGGCAGUUUCUUCUAGCUAGAAGUCUCCUCAAGAGAGUACAGUGACACUAACCCUGGAGGUGGUCAUAAGUUUCUAGAGGAGCAAACUGCCAUCACUCUGGGUGCUAUAGCAAGCAAAUAGAACUAGGAUGGGAACCUAGGUCUCCAGAGAGCUUUGUCUUAUUCCUUUGCUAUGAGUCUUCCCAUUGGUUAAACUAGAGAAGACAGCUAUCUUUAAUACUGACUUUAUCAUUAUCUUAGGAAUAAGGAUGUAGAGCUGAAAGACAUAAUAAAUUAGUUGUUAUUUAGUCCAAUUCUGUAAUUUUACACAUAAGACAAAGGCCUACGGGCUUAAUUAAAAUAACAUAAGUGACUGUCAACAGCCCAAUGCAGAUCCUCUAAAUUCAGCCACUACCAGCAUCAUCAGUGUGAUUACAAUAUUAUAGUCUGUGGACUUUGGUUAGACUUAGAUUUUGCUCUCUAGAAGCCUAUGCCCUAGAUAUAACUAGUCGGGAAGGUGGUUCUAGGGUAAUAUCAAGUGCCCCACACUUAGUUGGUAGUGGUAGGCUAAUUCUACUUAGGUGUCAAUUCAUAUUACAUGACAAUAUCAUACAUUUAUAUGUAAAUGAGAUCAGGUAGAGAGGACCUCUUUAAAUGUUUCUUCCUGCCUUCCAAGGGACAUUUAACUUCCACUAUUAUAAGUCAUACUGCUUUAUGUUUAGUUCUGUACAGAUCUCAGAUUUGUAAACUUUGAGAAUAUUAAAACUGGAAGAAGGGAUCUUAAGUACUAUAAUAUUUGAUACUGUGGCUUCCCUGUAUCAUCAUACUUGAUACACUCUUCUUUGGCUUGUUGUAUUUUAUUCAUUUUGUCUCUGACCAAUUCUUGGUCCCUUUCUUUGGCUCAUCUUCCUAUCCCUAAAUCAUAUGUCUCAAGACACUUCACUGUCUUCUCUGACCUUUCUUUUGACAAUAUUUUGUGGUCUCAUGGCUUCCGUAUCAUCUUUAUGCAGAUAAUUCCCACAUCUUUUCUGGUGAAACUGAGUAACUCUUCCCUAUUAAUAUCCCAUCCCGCCUAUUUAUAUCCUUUUCUCUCCCAUUUAAUGCGAGAUACUCUUCCUUAGAGCUCCAGUGCCCCCUGUGAACCUCUAUUUGUACGUUCUGUUAUAUCAAAAUCCACCUGUCCAAAACUGAGCUCAUCCUAUAAUAUACAAAACCUGCUUUUCUCAAACCCUCCAUUUUUGCUGUAACCACUAUCCUUUCAGUUAGUGAUAUACAAAACUUCUCCCUCCUCAACCCUUCCUAUAUCUAGUAAUGAGAAUUCUACCUACACAAUGUCCCUCAUUGUAGUUUAAGGCCUCGUCUCUCUUUGACUAGGCAAUUGAGAUAAUCUUCUAACUCCUAACUGCUUCUAAGCUAUCCCUUCCCUGCUGCUUGAACAGUUUUCAGUGCACUGCUUGGUUGAUGUCACUUUCCAAAAAUCAUCAGUGGUUCCCUAUAGCUUACCAAGGAAAGUAUAAACUCUUGAUUCUGGCAUUCCAGGUAUUCCAUAAUCUGCCUCCACCCAACUUUUCUAGCAUUAUAUUUCCCUUAACAUUCUUUUUUUGAGCUAAGGAAGAUUUUGCUUUUCCCUAUUUUCAUCUUACCUUUACCCUUCUCUGUUGCUCAUGUUUUCCAUUUUUGGAAUCAACCUUCCACUUCCCUUCCCAUCCCCAGAUCUAUCUGUUGCGUAGACCCUCCUUUUCUUCAACACCCAAUCAGGUUUCAUCUCUAUAAAACCUACCUUAACCUUCCUCUCCUACCACCCUCUUGGUACAUGUAACCUUUCCCUCCACUUUUUUCUGGACUUCAAUUGUUUUCCCUUUCCCUGUCAUUGGUAUUUCUGUACCUGUCUGUUCCCCUGUUAGAUUGUAUGCUCCUUAAGAGCAGGGUCUGUGUUGUGUCUAUGUACUCCUAAAGCCUAGACUAGUUCACAUAGGAGGUGCUUAAUAAAUGUCUGUUCAUUGAAUUCACGAGUCCAACCCCUUCACUUUGCAAAUGAGGAUGCUAAGGUUCAGAAUGGUGAGGAGCCUUGGCCAGGGCUACACAGCUGGUUUGUGGCAGAGCCUGGACUAGGACCCAGGUUAGGGCUAGUUCUGCUUUCUCCACAUUACCACUUAUCUACUAGAUUGUGAAGUCCUGAAGGGCAGAGACUGUGACUGAUAACUCUGUAUCCCCCUCAGCAAGGAAAAUAUAAUAAAUGUGUUGGAUAAACAAA